AUGGUUACUGUAGUUGGUCGUCGAAACAAGCACUGUUUGUGCGAAACUUGCGAGAAGAACGGUAGGGGCGGUUACGCUCCAGUGGCAUCGGACAACGAAGAAACAAGCGCUUCUGACAGUGAUGUGGAUACCACCGACAUCACCCCUACCGUUCCCGUCAACUUGAACAUCAACGAGCGACGUACUCGGAGCCGAGUAUAUGCCGUUGUCGCAGCAGCAGAACAGGACUCCGAUGAUAGCGAAGACGAGAAGGAUAUAGCAGAUCCUUUGGCCAGCACGGGGGCAGUUGCUCCAUCCGAAGGAAUAGAGUUUGAAGGUGGCUCAUCGCGGGCUUCGUCGAUGCAGCGCCUUGAAACUCAAUCUCGGUCGGCGCUACGUCUCACAGAUACUGCGACACCGGAUCCAUCAUCAGCACGGCCCCCUUCUGUAUCCAGCUCCUUGUCCACCGCAACCUCGGAACAACGCAAAACGCCAUUCCGGUCCAUCAUUUCCACUCGUCGGCAGAAGCUUGAGGCAUCGGCUACCCCGGAAGCGGAUCGGAAGACGAGCACGCCCGGCCUAUCAGAGAGCGCGUCGUGCCCUCCUGCCAUACGAAGGAGCGUACGGAGCGUAAGCCGCCUGUCAACUGUGCUUGUCGACAAGGGCAAAGGCAAGGAGCGGGCAUCAGACGAGCCGGAAACGCGCACGCUUCGUGGUAGACCACCUGUCCCUGAGAAGGUUUCGGUGCCUGCACCACCUCCCAAACCGGAGGUGCCCAGGGGCAAGGACGGAAAGCCGUUGCCGACAUGCAUAACGUGUUCGAAUGUCCUGCCUGUCAUCUCUGUCGACUCGGAGGUGGUGUGGGGUCUGACGUUUGGCAAUGAAGCCCCUCACAAACGGGGCAGGAAGAAGAAGCUAAAGCAGGAAUGUCCGCGGUACGUGUUUGUCUAG